AUGGGGAGGCCUCCAUGCUGUGACAAGAUAGGGAUCAAGAAAGGACCAUGGACUCCUGAAGAAGACAUCAUUCUCGUUUCUUACAUCCAAGAACAUGGCCCUGGAAACUGGAGAUCUGUUCCCACCAACACUGGGUUAUUGAGAUGCAGCAAAAGCUGUAGACUGAGAUGGACAAAUUAUCUGAGACCUGGAAUUAAACGCGGAAACUUUACUCCUCAUGAGGAAGGAAUGAUCAUUCACUUGCAAGCCUUAUUGGGUAACAAAUGGGCGUCUAUAGCUUCAUAUCUACCACAAAGAACUGAUAAUGAUAUCAAGAACUAUUGGAACACCCAUUUGAAGAAGAAGCUCAACAAGUCCGAGAGUGAAGAGAGAAGCAUUUCAGAAAACAUGGCGUUGCAAACUUCAGCCGCAAGAAACGCCAUUAAUCAUAGAUCUACCUAUGCUUCAAGCACCGAGAACAUUUCACGCCUUCUUGAGGGUUGGAUGAGAGCAUCCCCAAAGAGUAGUACGGCUGAUUUCUUGGAUCAAAAACUGCAAAACCGGACGAACGAUCACAUGGAUCAUCACAAUCAGUUUCCAUACGAGCAGCUACAAGGUUCUUGGGAAGAGGGGCAUAGCAAAAGAAUCAACGGUGAUGAUGAUCAGGGGUUCGGUGUUCCUAAGAAGAUUUCAGUGAAUAACGUUAGCGGUGAUCAUGAAGAUGGUGAUGAUGAUCAUGAUCAUAAUACUCCACCAUUAACAUUUAUUGAGAAAUGGCUUUUGGAGGAAACAAGUAAUGGGGGUCAAAUGGAGGAGAUGAGCCACUUGAUGGAGCUCUCUAAUAUGCUUUAA